CGCGGGCGCAGGCGCAGUGGACGCUCGCUCGCCCGGUCUCUGGGACGCUGUGAGUAGAGGAGCCAGCCCCCGAGCGAGGGCGGAAUCUGGAUGAAAUGAAGCUGUUUGGAAAGUUUUCCAGGCAGUUGUGUUGCUUCAAGAAAUUCCCAUCAUCAUGUGACUCCAGAUACUUUUGGACCUGGUUGAAUGCGGUGUUUAAUAAAGUGGAUCGUGAGCGCAUCAGGGAGGUUGGCCCCGAUAGAGCGGCUUCUGAGUGGCUGCUACGCUGUGGGGCCAUGGUGCGCUACCACGGCCAGGGGAGGUGGCAGAAGAACUACAACAGCCUCCCAUCAGGCUCGCUGGACAAGUACAAGAUUCAGGCUAUCGAUGCCACUGACUCUUGUAUCAUGAGCAUUGGCUUUGAACACCUGGAGGGCCUUCAACAUGUUGAGAAAAUAAGAUUGUGCAAGUGUCAUUAUAUUGAAGAUGACUGUUUGGAGAAACUUAGUCAAUUCAAAAAUCUACAAAAAAGCAUUUUGGAAAUGGAAAUAAUUUCAUGUGGGAAUAUCACAGACAAAGGUGUCAUUGCUCUGCAUCAUUUAAGAAACCUCGAGUAUUUGUUGUUAAGUGAUCUUCCGGGAAUAAGAGAAACAGAAAACCUUGUUCAAGCCUUUAAGACAGCACUGCCUUCUCUAGAACUUAAAUUAGACCUAAAAUAAAAUCAUAGUACUCAAUGAGUAUCUUCUUUUAAUAUAAAGUAUCAUUGGAAACUUUGAUCCUAAACAGUAACAAAUCAAUAUUAUCAAAAAGCUAUAAGGAUGUCCUAUAUGACAUUUUAGAAGCAGAGUAUCAUAUAUAGAAAAUGAAUAUUCAGAUAUGAUUCAUUAAAGAUACUAAGUUGGAAGUGACGAUUUAUGUUCAUUUAAUCACUUUAAAGAAAAAAAUGCAAACCAAGUAACAUUUUAAUUCUAAUAUAUUACUCGUCAU